AUGACAAAAUAUGAAUUAUAUAAUAUACGUAAAACUAUACCAAAUAUCGUUGAAAAUUGGAUUAAUUUUAUGAAUAAUGAACAAUUUUUACGUGAUUAUGAAUAUGGUAAAAUAUCAAAAGAUGUUUAUAAUGAUUUACAAAAAUCAAUAGCAUUUCUUCGUAUAGUUCCAUGUGAAAUAAAUACAAUAAAACAAUUAAAAUAUUGUUUUAUUUUUAAUCCAUCAUUAAUUAUAUUGAAACAUAAAAUUCAUUUAGCUACAUUAUCAACAUAUAUACACUCAUGGAUUAAUCCAAAUCAAUUAAUAUUACAUGUUUUUCUUAUGAAUAAAAAACAUCAAAUUAAUGAACAUUUUUAUUAUAAUUUAAAUAAUAAAAUAAUAAAAAAUAAUAUAGAAUAUAUAAAUAAAAAAACAACACAUCGUCAAGUAAUAUGGGAUAUUAGUUUAAUGAUUAAAAAUUUACAAUAUUCUAAAUAUUAUUUAAUUGAUACAAUAAUAAUGACAUUUAUUAAUAAAAAUGAUAUUAUUAGUAAUAAUAAUAUCGAUAAUAUUGAUUUAAAUUAUAUUGAUUUCUCAAAUCAAUGGAUAUGGAAAUCAUUUAAUAAUUCAAUGAUAAUUCAUAAUAAUGAUACUAUUAAUAAUAUAUUAUUUAACAAUCAAUAUGAUGAAAUAGAACAUAGUUUUAAUGAAAAUAAUGAUAAUGAUCUUAAUUAUAUAAAUGAUUAUAAUCAAGAUCAUGAUCUUAAUUUUACAAAUCAUAAUAGUAAUAAUAAUAAUAAUUACGAUAUAAAUGAAAAUAAUGAUAUAAAUGAAAAAUUCAAUAAUCAAUUUGAUAAUAUAUUUAUAAAAAAUAUAAUAAAAUCUAAUCAAAAUCAUAAUAAUAUUAUUGAUAGUAUAUUAAGUUAUAAUACACAAAUUAUUUUAGAAAUGAAAACAUUAAAAAUUAUACAAUUAGAGAAUCAGUAUUUAUUAAAAAAACGUUUGAUACAUCGAUCAUUUUUAACUGAACCAAUAAAAUCAAUAAAUCACAUAAUACAAUCAUGUCCAAGUUUUUUAGAUAAAAAUAAAUAUGAAACCAAAUGUUGUUUAUUUCGUUAUACAUUAAAUAAAAUGCAAAUGGAUCAAAAUGAUAAACUAAGAUUUAUUAUAUUUCCACAUCAUUUACCAAUAAAUAUGUGUCAUGGUAGAUGUAUUGGACUUUACAUGCCGACAGAUAAUGCUCAUAGUAUACUAAUGAAUCGUUAUUUUUCUGGAUUGGGUUCUGUGGAACGAGAAGCUAUCUAUAAUUCAAUGCCAUGUUGUGCUGCCAAUGAAACCAUACCAUUUACAAUACUUUAUAAAGAUCAUAAAGAUCAACUGGUCACGGAAACUUUGCCUAAGGCUGUAAAAACAAAUUGUGCAUGCAGUUAA